GCGACAAGUUUGAAAUUGUCCCUCCUGCAAUUAUAGAUAAGUUAGAAUUCUUUGGCCCUCCUAAUGGAGAACGAUUUCUUAUUAAAGGACAUUUCGUAAAAUCUCUCAACGUAAUGUACAAGAUCGCAGAUCCAUAUACUUUAAAUAAAGUUGAUUCUGCGAUCAAUCUUUUAAAACAUGGUGACAAUGAAGUAAAAGUAUUUACAGUCCACCAAAACCAUAUAAUAAGAGUAUGGAACAGUCAUUUAUUUGUUCAAGAAUUAGUAGAAACUGAAUGGUUUGAAUAUUUACGAUCACAACUUAAUGACAACGGCCUGAUUACAACUUUUUUUUGUGGCGAAUCUGUUAAGGAAACGUUGGAAGCUACUUUAAAAGAGUAUAAAUCAGAUCAUGAUCCUGGUUCCGCGUCCAAAAAACGAACUUUUCCAGGUCAUUCGUUCACUUGGAAUUUGACCUUUGGUGAUUCGUUUAAAACAAGAAAACAUUUUACAUUAAAAGCCCAAAAAUAUGAUUAUGAAAAGAAAGAAGGAAUAAUAAAGAAUAUCGAAUCGAUCCUUGAAGAUGAUAAAUUAAAAUUUUCAAACAAUAAAUUAUUACCUUCUCCACAUUUUAACAAGAUUGCUAAAAUGCGCAAACAAAAUACUUGGUAUACAGAACAUGACAAAAGAGUGGCUACUAUAGAUGCACCUAAUUUUCAAGAUUUACUUGACUAUUACAUGAAUGACGUAUUGCUUUUGGAGUUAUACGGUGAUGAUCUUAUGUGCGCAUUAUUACAAGAGAGUGAUGAUGAAUUGGUCGAAACAUUUUUCAAAAAAUGUCUUAGAUUAAGUGAAUUUCAAAUAGAAGAUGGAAAUAUUUCAUCCUCUAUUAAAUUAGUAAAUAUUAUCCUUACUUCAUUUCCGCAAUUAUCUGAAAAAUCUUUUACUUUUGUUAUUAGUUUGUUAGCACAUUUAGCACUUAUUCCUUCUCAUAAUUUUAAAGAUUCUUUAGUAGUUAAUUCUAAUGCUUCCCAUCUUCAAUAUUGUGGAGAAUAUUUUUAUUUAAAAAAAACUUCAUUAAUAACCCCUGAUACUAUUGAAGGAGUUGGAGAAAGAAUUGAUGGUCUUGAAAAGAAAAUUAAUGGAAUUAAUGAUGAUAUUAAAAAGAUAAUGAGAUCUGAUGAAAUUGAAACUCAAUUUAAUGACUUUAGUGAAGAUAUGAAAAGCAUUAAAGAGAAAAUUACAAAGAUGAUGAAUUUAAUCGAAAAUUUGUCUUUAAGUCAUAAAGGUGAUGAUGAGG